AUAUUUUUUGUUGAUUUAUUUUUCUUAAUUUUACAGCAUAAAAAUCCCUUUUCCAUGGAGUGUAAUCGGAGUCAAACCAUCGAAGAAAUCGACGAGAGCAUCAACAACAAUACCGCCGUCAUCGUCAAUGAACAACGCCAUCGAAGAACGCCGAGUUUCUCCGCUUCUGACGCCACCGUGAUGGACCGCAACCAACCAAUGAAAGAGGAGGAAUCGACGGAUACGGAGUUCAACCGGACUCUGGUUCAAGUCGCCCGAACCCCCAAACGCAAGUCAAAGGACCGUCACACGAAAGUCGAAGGCCGCGGACGGAGGAUCCGUAUGCCCGCCACUUGUGCCGCUAGGAUUUUUCAGCUCACCAGAGAACUGGGUCACAAGUCCGACGGCGAAACCAUUAGGUGGCUAUUAGAACACGCCGAACCAGCUAUAAUUGAAGCUACGGGCACCGGGACGGUCCCCGCCAUUGCUGUUUCGGUCAAUGGAACUCUCAAGAUACCCACUUCAUCGACGAAACAACAAGUAGACGGCGAGUUGCAGAGAAAACGUAGGAAAAGACCGGCAAACAGUGAGUUCAUCGAUGUUAACGAGUAUCAAAGUUCAGUUCCUUCAGGAUUAACACCUAUUACUCCAAUGACUUACAACAAUAGUUUCAAUUUGAACUCACAAGGGUUGGUUCCUAUAUGGUCUAUCCCCGCAGCUGCUGGUCCGAACCAGGCACAAUUGUGGGCGAUUCCAGCGACCGCAACGCCGUUUUUCAACGUUGCGGGUCGACCGGUAUCGAGCUUUCUGUCUGCUACGCAACAAGAGGUGCUGGAUUCGGGCGUGGGGUCGAUGGGUUCAAGUGUUGUGCCCACUUGUACUAGUUCAUGUGCUACAAGUGUUGUUGGGGUUAGCAAUGGCGAUAACAAUAGUUGUACUACACAGAUGCUUAGAGAAUUUUCUUUGGAGAUUCUUGAUAAGAGAGAGCUUCAGUUGCUGGGUCGUCCUGCAAAUCAACAAACGCCAUGUUCGGAGCAUUGUAGUCAAAGAACAGGUUAAUGAGUUUGCCUUGUAGUCAAAGAACAUGUUAAGUUUCUUGAUUUUGGUGAUACAGAGCUAGAGUUGUUUAGGAUUUUGAGGGUUUUGUUCCUGAAGUGCAAAAAAACAUGUUGCCAGUA